AUGUCAAGGAAAAUGGCAUUAAUGGGUAGUAACGUUGGAGACGAGUGGGAUGAUCAAGCCCAUGACAAUGUUACGAAGAUACAAGUAGCUCACGAUUUUAUGGGUAUCAACUUCGUCAAGUUUGAGUACGUUGACGGCACGGAGAAUGCUGUAACCAGAUACGCUCACGGCAGGAUUCGAAAGUCUUCACAAACCGAGGAGUUUGAGCUCACAUCAGAUGAGUACAUUACAGAAGUGGAGGUACAUUCGGAUUACAUAGGUCCUGUUGGCCAAAUCAUGAUGCUUAGAUUCAAGACAAACAAGCGAACAUCUAAGGCUUAUGGACAGGAGUACGAAAAACCCCUUCAUAGCCUUAGAAAGAAAGUGUUUGCGGAGAAAAAUAAAAAGAUUGUUGGAUUCCAUGGCAAAUAUGGAGAACGUAUUCUUCACGAUUUUAGUGUCUAUGUCGCGCCAAUCAACAAGGCACCAACUCUUAAGCAGCUAUUUUAUGGUUACCUUGAUCAGAUUAAAAAUAAGUUUGUGUAG